CUGCUGUGAGGGCACAGGAGCCCGUGCGAGUGGGAACGAGGGAGGCAGAGGGUGGGAAAGCCGGCGGCCGAGGAGGGCGGCGCCGGAGGAGGGCGGCGCGUGGCUGACUCAUCCCUCUGGAAGAUCAGACUGACAGACACACACUCGCCGAACCCGCCCGCCCGCGCCGCUCCUCCUCAGCCGGGAAGCGCCCGCCCGCACCGCCCUCCCGCCCUUCCCGGGAGCUCUCCGGGCCCGACCGCCUCAGAGAAAGUUUUUCUCGUCGGAGGCGCCGGAGCCGUCGCGGGCUUUUGGGAAGAGGGGGACGGAAGAGGCGGCGGCGGCGCAGGCCCGCGGCGUGCAUGUUGCCCGGCGCCUCGGCUGCCUGUCAGGAGGACCUCGGGGCGGGGUCGGGCUGAGCCCAGCGUCUUCCUGUCGGCUCAGCCGCGCCAGAAAUCUCCCCGGACUGUCGCGGGGGUCCCCGCUCCUCAGCCCGCCAUGUCCCGGCUGCUGCCGCUGCUGAGGAGCCGGACCGCGCGCAGCCUGAGGCCGGGCCCGGCCGCCGCCGCCGCCGCCGCCGCCGCGCCCCGCCCGCCGUCCUGGUGCUGCUGCGGGCGGGGGCUGCUGGCGCUCGCGGCCCCCGGAGGCCCCCGGCAGCUGGGCACGCACCCCAAGAAGGAGCCCAUGGAGGCGCUGAACACGGCGCAGGGCGCGCGCGACUUCAUCUACAGCCUGCACUCCACCGAGAGGAGCUGCCUGCUCAAGGAGCUGCACCGCUUCGAGUCCAUUGCCAUCGCCCAAGGUAUUUCAACAUGUUCCAGUCAACUGACAAGGACUUCUCAUAGUGUCAGAACUGUGAUGAUGAUGAGAGUAACACAACUAAAUAGUUCUGAGAAAUUGGAAGCUCAACCACCCACCCCAGGACAGCUGAGAUAUGUAUUCAUCCACAAUGCGAUACCUUUCAUAGGGUUUGGCUUUUUGGAUAAUGCAAUUAUGAUUGUUGCAGGAACUCAUAUCGAGUUGUCUAUUGGAAUUAUUUUGGGAAUUUCAACUAUGGCAGCUGCUGCUUUGGGAAAUCUUGUGUCAGAUUUAGCUGGACUCGGACUUGCAGGCUAUGUUGAAGCUUUGGCUUCUAGGUUAGGCCUGUCAAUUCCUGAUCUCACACCAAAGCAAGUUGACAUGUGGCAAACACGUGUUAGUACACAUUUGGGCAAAGCUGUUGGGGUGACUAUUGGCUGCAUUCUAGGAAUGUUUCCUUUGAUUUUCUUUGGAGGAGGUGAAGAAGAUGAAAAACUGGAAAAGAAAAAUGAAUCCUCUUAGAAUACCUAUAGAAAGAUGUUAACUAAUGUACCUCAGUUAUUAAAUAUACUGUCACAACAUUUAGGAGUUCAGACAGUAACAGUGUAUAGAUACGGGAUCAAAUAAUUCAGCAUGUGUUAUGGAACACUAACUUAUUGUGGCUUGGUCUUCUUAGGACAUCUUUUUUAAAAAAACUAUUUAGUAUCAUUUGUGUAAAUUGUUGAAAUGCCUUUUCAUCAGCAGCAGUCAACAUCUUAUCUUUUCCUUCUUGCUUUAUCUAUCACAAUAUUAUUUAAGUAUUGGUCAUUGAUGUACUAUAUUGACUUGGGGUUUGCCUAUCUGUUACUUAACAUACGUACUUGCAUGGAAGCUUUUGUUGAUGUUGUUCCCUAAUAGUUACAAUUCAAAUUUAGGAUUUUUCCAGAUUACUUGAGAUGUUUAAUAUCAGUUAAAGAUUUUUUUACUCUCUUUUUGGCACCAUCAAUUUUGUACUGUUUCACAGUAAACAUUUGCAAUCAUAAAAUUUCAGUCAUUUUCUUAACUCUCACAUCUUUUCAAAAUGGAUGCAGAUUUUAUGUAUGUAUAACUCAUUUUAGUUUUCUGACUGUACUGUCUGAAGGGCCCGAGGUUAAUCA